UGAGUUGUGUGUUCUGUCCCAGGCUGGAGUGAAUGGCACUGGUCCUCUGGAGAGCAAAGCUCUAGCACACAAGCUAAUCAGCAUCAUCUCUGCCUGACCCAUCAAGAACAAUUCAUAGAAGGGAAAUACCAGGAAGAUAAUGACCUAAGUGUUGUCUUUUUGCAGAUAUUUGAAAUUCCAUAGAAAGACUGCGGAAUACAGCGCUCUGAAUUCUGUAUUCCAGAGCAGUCUAUUCCAAUGCUUUUUGUGGACAAUGGGGACGAACCAGUUGUUACUGUAUGCCCUCUUGGGUAUAAUGGCUUUUGGUCUAUUCCCAAAACUUGAAGCUCAGGAUGCUUUGGCUGUUGGGAAGAGAGAUAUAAUUUUCCUCGUUGACAGUAGCAUGGGUACCAUCAUAAUCAAUGCAGUGCGAGAAUUCAUCAGAAAGUUUAUUGACACCAUGCCAAUUGGACCUGAUCAGGUGCAGGUUGGAGUGGCCAUGUUCUCCACCACCCCAAGAUCAGAGAUCAACCUCAACUCAUUCAGUUCAAAAGAAUCCCUAAUCUCUGCUCUCGCAAAAAUAAAACCCAACCCUUCGGUUGAAGUCAACAUUGGUUCUGGCCUGGAUUUUGUGAGAACCAACAUGCUCAGAGCUGAGAGUGGGAGCCGCAUUCAAGAUCAAGUGCCACAGCUUGUCUUGCUCCUGACCAGUAAAAAAUCUAAAGACGCUGUCCAACAGCCGGCUGAAGCUCUUCGUCAAAUGGGUGUUCUUACUUUGGCUGCUGGCUCCAGAGCUGCUGAUGAGGCUGAGCUCAGGCAAAUAGCUUUUGAUGAAAGUGUGGUUUUCAUGCAGAAGGACUUCAGGAUGUUGCUGCGCAACCCCAGAGAAAUCAUCUCCCCUCUCUCUACAUUGUCUGGUGUUGUUGUGUCAGAGGAUCCAACUGACCCAGUUGUGGAUGUUACUACAGUCCGCACCCAAAGAGUUGUCCGAGACAUUGUCUUCUUGGUGGACGGAUCUAGCUAUGUUGGAAGUAAAACUCAAACUGUGUUGGACUUCAUAACUGGCGUGGUGAACAGACUAGAUGUUCGACCUGAGCGUGUGCGCAUUGGACUAAUGCAGUUUGCAGAAGGGCAGAGAACUGAGUUUUAUCUGAACACUUACAACACCAAACAGGAUGUUCUCUCUGCCAUUGCUCGGCUGAGUUUGAUGGGAGGACGUGCAUUGAACACUGGUGCAGCCCUACAGUAUGCCCUAGCUAACCACUUCCAGCCCGCAGCCGGGUCUCGUAGGAGACAGGGGAUCCAGCAGGUACUGGUGCUAAUAACAGGAGGACCAUCUCAAGAUGAAGUGAAGCAGGUUGCUGACCGUGUAGCUUUAGCGGGUGUUUUGACUUUUGCUGUUGGAGCUGGCCAAGUGGAAGAGAGUUUCCUGAAAACUACUGCAUUUGUGGAAAGUUUGGCAUACUACAGAAGUAAUUUUGCUGACUUGUCAAGUGUUGUUGAAGAGAUUAUGACACCACUGAUCACUGUUGUUGGGGAGUCUGAUACACCAGAUUCAAAGACAGUGUUGAUCGUGUACGCGCACCAGAGUGCGGGAUCUUUCAAUGCGGCCGCGAAAGAUGCUGCUGUGGAUGUGCUGAAGAAACAGGGCUGCAAUGUGAUUGUUUCUGACCUGUAUGAAAUGAAAUUCAAGGCCACAGCAACCAAAGAGGAUAUUACUGGACCAGUGAAGAACCCAGAACACUUUUGCUAUGGAGAGGAGACCAUGCUGGCCUGGCAGGAGGGGCGACUAGCUUCUGAUAUCGUAGAGGAGCACAAGAAAUUAAAAGAAGCAGAUAUUGUUAUCUUUCAGUUUCCCAUGUACUGGUUCUCUGUUCCUGCCAUCAUGAAAGGUUGGAUGGAUCGGGUUCUUACCCUUGGUUUUGCUUACACUUUGGAAAAACGCUACAGUGAGGGCAUCUUUAGGGAAAAGAAAGCCAUGUUAUCCUUCACCACUGGUUCCCAUGAGACCAUGUUCAACUCCAGUGAGAUCAUUGGAGACAUGAAUGUUACUCUGUGGCCAGUUCAGAAUGGUGUCCUCAACUACUGUGGCUUCCAGGUCCUCGCACCACAGAUCUUCUGGGCACCCACGCAUCUCUCUGCUGAGGCUCGUGGCAGCCUGUUGGAAGGCUGGCGUACUCGUCUUCAAGGUCUCUUUAGUGAAGUGCCACUCACCUUCCCACCAGUAGACAGUUUUGGUGAGGGGAAAGGCUUUCAGCUGAAGCCUGAAGUCCAGGAGAAGCAAGCUGAUUCCCCUUUCGGUCUCACUGUGGGUCAUCACCUGGAGAAACCUCUGCCACCGCACAGCCAGAUGAAAGCUGGGGUAUGAGACACAGAGCAACACUGUCCCCAUGUGGCCAUGUCCUUGUCUCAAAGCAAUUUUUUAAGACCUGAAUAAAUUGUUCAUGUCUUGA